AAAGGCAAUCUCCACAAACAGUAGGGCCCGACUCUUGCAGCACUACAUUGAUGGUGCUGUAUAUCUCCCCCUCGAAGGAAGCUUUGACGUUGGGCUGUAUUACACAAAAAUUUAUUUGGGAUCUCCUCCCAAAGAAUUUUUAGUCCAGAUUGACACCGGAAGCGACGGUCUAUGGGUGAACUGUAUCUCUUGCAAGGAUUGCGAGCACCAAUCCAUGCUAGAGGUUCAUCCCUCGUUCUUUGACCCAUCCACUUCUCCGACGUCGGGAUUCAUUCCGUGCUCUGACGACCAAAUAUGCACAGGAGUUGGUAUUGGAUGUUCUGCCCAAAACCACUGCACUUACACUCAUCAGUACAAGGACGGUUCUUGGGCCCUAGUGGAUUAUCUAACUGAUUUGAUCCACUUAGGAAAAAAUGUUGGAACCUCCACUAUCAACACUUCUACUCCAAUUACUUUUGGAUGUGCAACUCAUCGGCAGAGCGCGGAAAGCCAUACUGCAAUACUUGAUGGAGUAUUGGGAUUGGGCAACAACCAAAUGUCCGCCGUUAACCAGUUGGCAGCAAAAGGAGUAAUACCCUUCGUAUUCGCUCACUGCUUCAAGAGAACUGGCGGCGGUUCAUUUGUUCUUGGACAGGUUGUGCAGCCCAAUAUUAUGUACACUCCAAUGGUGCCCGGUGCGAAUUACCGUGUGGAGCUCCAGAGUAUAUAUAUUACUGAGCAACCAGUACCCAUUGAUCCCCAAUUAUUUGGUGCAAACAAUGGAGGAACUCUAAUAGACUCUGGAACCACUAUGGGUUACAUUGUGAUGGAGGCAUAUGAUCCCUUUGUUAAUGCUAUCAACCAAAUUGUGUCAAAUAAUGUGUAUAUCUAUAAUGGCGAGGGUAGGCAAUGCUAUGCCUCCUCAUCUAGUGUUUUUACCAUUUUUCCAUCCAUCCGUUUAAAUUUUGCUGGGGGUGCAUCAAUGAUUCUCCAGCCUAUAGACUACCUUGUACAUCAAGAUUCGGUGGAUGGAACGAGUCACUGGUGCUUGGGAUUUUUUAAAUCUGAAAAAAUGUCCGUCUUAGGAGAUCUUCUUCUCAAAGAUAAGAUCGUUGUUUACGAUUUAACUAACCAACGGAUUGGAUGGACCGAUUACGACUGUUCUCAACCCAUCGAUGUAUCAAUAAGGAAGCCCAGCAGCACUAAGAGGCACCACCCUUCACGACAUUUCCACUGGACCAUAAUACUGUUAUUCUCUGUACUAUCAAUUUUAUUCUUAUUGCUUUUACUACUAGCAGUACUAGCUUGCUUAAAUUAUGUACAACAACACAUGUUGGAGUAAAUAUCACCGUAUCAAUUUUUCCUCUGUUAGCAUGAUUACUAAAUAA